UAAGUAAAAUAAAAUCAGAAUAAAAAAAUAAAAUGUUCCAUUUGCUAGCUUAAUUGCCAAAAUGCGCAUCAUCGGCGCGUACAAAUCACCACAGUUCCCACACUAUAAUCCAAAAACAUUUCUCUUGUCAAAUCAUCUUCCUCAGACCUCACUGCCAAACUCUCCUACUAUUGACCCAAAAGCUCCAAGAAGCCCCUGCAAUCUUCUCCACCGUUUCUCUCCAGCAAGCUCUCACAGUUUCAUAAUAUCUCUAGCUCCAAUUUGUUUAUUUCUCUGGUGCUUCUUUGGGAAUUUACAUGGGAAGUUCAGUGGAUCAUAGUUCAGAUGAGGACACAGAUAUGAGUGAAUCUGAAUUGGAUGAGUAUGAAGCUCAAUGUUAUGAGGAGCUGAAGAAUGGAACUCACCAUGUGAAAAUUUCAGAUGAGACUUUUACUUGUCCCUACUGCCCUAAGAAGAGAAAGAGAGAGUACCUAUACAGGGAUCUACUCCAACAUGCUUCUGGGGUGGGACGAAGUGCGUCAAAGAAAAGAUCUACUAAGGAAAAGGCAAAUCACCUGGCACUGGUUAAGUACUUGGAGAAAGAUAUAGCAGAUUUAGGGAGCCCAUCAAAACCAAAGGGUGAGAGUGACCCCCUUGACAGCUGCAAUCAUGAUGAGAAGAUUGUGUGGCCCUGGACAGGCAUUGUGAUUAAUAUUCCAACUACGAAGGCACCAGACGGGCGAUUCGUAGGAGCAAGUGGAUCCAAAUUUAGGGAUGAGUUGAUCAGUCGAGGAUUUAAUCCCACAAGGGUACAUCCCCUAUGGAAUUAUCGAGGUCAUUCGGGAAGUGCUGUUGUGGAAUUCCACAAGGAUUGGCCUGGUUUACAUAAUGCCCUAUCAUUUGAGAAGGCCUAUGAGGCAGACCAUCAUGGGAAAAAAGAUUAUUUUACAACAGGAGAAAAAUCUGGAGUUUAUUGUUGGGUGGCACGCGCUGAUGAUUAUAAGGCAGAUAAUAUUAUUGGAGAUCACCUAAGAAAGACUGGAGACCUUAAAACAAUCUCUGAAAUUAUGGAGGAAGAAGCACGAAAGCAGGACAAACUCAUAUCAAAUUUGAACAACAUAAUCGAGAUAAAAAAUAAGCACAUACAGGAGAUGCAAGAUAAGUUUAGCGAGACUUCUGUCUCCCUCAACAAGUUGAUGGAAGAGAAAGAUAGGCUUCUUCAAGCGUACAAUGAAGAGAUUAGAAAAAUACAAAUGAGUGCUAGGGAGCACUUUCAGAAGAUAUUUAAUGACCACGAAAAGCUUAAGUUGCAAGUAGAUUCUCAGAAAAGAGAGCUUGAGAUGCGUGGAUCAGAAUUAGAAAAACGUGAGGCCAAGAAUGAAAAUGACAGAAGGAAGCUCUCUGAAGAGAUAGAAAAGAAUGCAAUCAGAAAUAGCUCACUUCAGCUGGCUGCUUUCGAGCAACAAAAGGCUGAUGAGAAUGUGUUAAAAUUGGCAGAAGAUCAGAAGAGGCAAAAGGAGGAACUUCACAACCGAAUUAUUCAACUUCAAAAACAGCUGGAUGCCAAACAAGCUCUAGAGCUGGAAAUUGAGAGACUUAGAGGCACAUUAAAUGUAAUGAAACACAUGGGAGAUGAUGGAGAUGUAGAAGUUCUGCAAAAGAUGGAGACAAUAAUUCAGAAUUUGAGAGAAAAAGAAGGAGAACUUGAGGACUUAGAAACACUUAACCAGGCUCUUAUUGUAAGUGAGCGCAAGAGCAAUGAUGAACUGCAGGAAGCCCGAAAAGAAUUAAUUAAUGGGCUGAAAGAAAUAUCAAACCGUGCUCAAAUUGGUGUUAAGAGGAUGGGAGAACUUGACAGUAAACCAUUCCUUGAAGCAAUGAAGAGAAAGUACACCGAGGAAGAAGCAGAAGUUCGAGCUUCAGAACUUUGCUCAUUGUGGGUGGAAUAUCUUAAAGAUCCAGGCUGGCAUCCUUUCAAAGUUGCUAUGGUUGAUGGAAAAAAUAAGGAAGUUAUUGAUGAUAAGGAUGAAAAAUUGAAUGGUCUUAAAGAUGAAUUGGGGGAUGAAGUUUACAAGGCUGUGACUGAUGCCGUGAAAGAGAUAAAUGAUUACAAUCCCAGCGGAAGGUAUAUUACUUCAGAGUUAUGGAACUAUAAAGAAGAGAAGAAGGCGACCUUGAAAGAGGGAGUCUCGUUUUUAUUGAAGCAAUGGCAAAUUGCUAAGCGCAGGAGACUACAAUGAAGGAAACAGAAAACGAGAAACAAGAAUUGGGAGAUGGUGUGCCUCAAAACUAGAAGACAUGUCACCGGAAGAUGAGCUGCUAUGUUGUUUCAUAUUGCUCUAUGUUUCUAAGUCCUUUAUUCUGUAUAAGAUAUUAGAUUUUUAAGAUAUUGCAGGAAUUGCUACUCUUAUGAGACUGCUUGCCUGGAAUGAACUGUCCAUGUGACAUGUUGAAUCCAUCAUGUUAGGGCAAAUUUGUACCAAAGAUGUAGCCAUAAUAUGUUUGGGAAGAGGGCUUGGGUUUGGGACCAAUGACUUUCACUUUGUGAGAGCAGUGCUUGAGCUAAACUAUAAUCAGAUUACUUCCCAGUGCAA